CAUAAAGGCGGCGGCGCGGCACGGAGCGGGCUCCAGAGCAGCCGGCGGCCGCGCUGCCCCAUGCACUGCAGCAGAAUGAUACAGAUCUUGGAUCCGAGACCCUUGCCAAGCUCCAUCAUGCCUGUGGAUGUGGCCAUGAGAAUUUGCUUAGCCCGUUCACCACCACUGAAGAGUUUUCUCAGCCCCCUUGAGGACUGUCAGAGAAACAACUUUGUUAACAGAUUCAAACCUCUCAGACCAUGCCUGCAUGUAAAACGUGACUCUGAAGCACAGAAGACCGACUGGAACCACUCGGCAGCCCGAGCCAAAAAGCGAGUUGUGUUUGCUGACUCGAAGGGACUGUCCCUGACAGCGAUACACACCUUCUCUGAGUUCCAGGAGCACCCUGGCUGGGACCUUCAGUUUGACCUCAUGGGCCUUGAAAACAUAACAUCUGGCCUAAAGCUACAUGAGGAGAAAAACUUGAUUCUGGGUUUCCCUCGGCCCUCAGCUGACUAUCUGGACUUCAGGAACCGCCUGCAGAAGAACUUGGUCUGUCUGGAGAACUGUACUCUACAAGAGAAGGUGCUGUCGGGCACUGUGAAAGUAAAAAAUGUGAGCUUUGAAAAAAAGGUUCAGGUUCGAAUUACCUUUGAUACAUGGAAGACUUACACGGACAUUGAGUGUGUAUACAUGAACAAUGUUUAUGGUGAUUCUGAAAAUGAUACCUUCUCGUUUACCAUUGACUUGCCUCCUGCCAUUUCCUCUCAAGAUAAGAUUGAAUUUUGCAUUUCUUACCAAAGUGGAGAACAUACCUACUGGGACAAUAACGAGGGGCAGAAUUACAAGAUUCUCCAUGCAGAGUGGAAGCCUGAUGGAGUUCAGAUACCGUCUGCCAAGAAAGACUGUAUAGAUAUUCAGACUCAAAGGAGAGGUCAAGAGAGAGAGCCUGAUCAACUUGGCAGCCCGAGGCUGUCCAGUGGUCUCUUUCCCCAGUGGCAGAGCUUGGGUGGGAUUGAAAAUUCAUCACCAUAUUGGUGAUAGACACCAGCUAGGUAGCAUUCUUCCAUUUGGCAACAGAACAGCGUUAGCUUUCUGGUUCACAUACUACAUGACAAAACCACUUGGCAGGUUUUGUUGGCUGUCUGUACAAACCCAAAUUCAGUUGUUUGUGGGAUUUGUUACACCAUAUUAUGUUACUGAAGUUCUUAGCCAAAACUUACCCUUGGAAAGAAAGGCAAGAUGAAACCCAUGUGUAUGCUACCUACUCUAGAAAUAGCAUGCUUAAGUAUAUGCUGCUUGUUUUCUGCUGUUCUCUCUCCUGAGUCACUAGGCAAGAGACUCUUGUGAGGAAGUAUGGAAGGUGACAGUAUCUUAGCAAGCUGUAGCAACUGUGUGUGUGUGUGUGCGCACGAGUGUGUGGGUACACAGGGAUGUAAUGUGAACAGAACAUUGCAAACCAUUUUGCACGUUAGGAGUGCAGUAGAGAAGAGGUGAUGCUGUCAGGACAGAGGCACUCUAUGACCUUCAACAUGCUUGUAGCAGUGGCAGGUAGGAAUGCAUGGCUAGGAUUUGUAGCUUCAGUACGGGUUAGGAAACUCAUAGAGGAUAACAGAAAAGUAGGAGAAGGGGAAGAGGUAAGAUGUGCUGCAUAACUUGAAGAUGAACAGUGCUUUGAUGUUGACUUUUCAAAAAGUGGUCUUCUAAAUACCAGGGGGAGUUCUGCAGGAUAAAAAGGAGAACACAAAGUGACACAAAACAAGUGGUGGAAGUAACUGCUGCUUUGGGAAGACAUCUCUGUCCUCAUUGGCCUUGUGAAUAAUAAAUAUCCGGCAUUUGAGAUGAAAUCUAACCUUGACUUCUACCUUCAUCAUCCUACUCAGCUACCAAGCAGAGUGUUUACCUUCUAAUUUUACAAGAAAAAUGUGCCUUUUUAAAAAAGCCACUGUACAUGCCAAAAAUCAAGGCUGAAAUCAGGGUUAGUUUACAGAACAGACCAAGUGAUUUGCAAACUCCCUAGUCUGUAGCAGCAUUAAGAUGAUCUGACUCAUUGCCUGAUCUGAUCUCACAGCGCCUGAUGGUUGGGUAUCCUGCUCCCUAUUGCAAAGUUAGAGAUAACUUUUCAGAAGCGUGUAACAUAGGCAAGGUCCUUCAUAUUGAAGACAGUGAAUUAGCUGCACUUUGUGAAAGCUAAUUUCUUUAAAAGAGCAGGGUUGCUGCUAGUUUUCUAGAAUGAAUAUAGGCUUGCACGUAAAUAGAAACCUGCUGUUUUAUUGUACCUCAUUUUUGAAGCUUUUUUUUUAAUUGCUGUAUAUUUUGUAUCUGUAUGCUUGUAAUUUAGCUUUCUGAGUUGUCAAACUGUAAAGAUGGUUUGUGCUUCAUGCAGGACUUGUGUGGGAAAUUGUCCAAUACAUGCUCAGCAGGUGUGAAUACCAACACACCUUUUAACUGUACUGACAUAGCAUUAACAUAAAAAUUCAAGUCACAUUUUUUCCCCCAUUGCUAAAGCAGUAUAAUAUCCUGAGUCUGAAGCUACUUGUAAUGCAAUGAGAAAAUAUAUACUAAGGUGAAAUAAGUUUCUUUCACUAAUUGCACUUUUUCUGUAUGUAACCCCUGCUGUUACAUGUAAACUAGCCAUUUUAAGAAUAAAUUGUAUUUUGAUAUA